AUAACCAUGACGUUCAUGAUCGAGCAUAUCCGGGCCUCCCAGGAGGACCUGGAGUAUAUAGAAAAGGCCAUAAGCACGCUGAUGAACGAUAGAAGACGCGCGUCAGGACUUAGACUCGCGACCAUAGAACGCGCAAUAAAACAACUGGUAGAACAAUCGCAACAAUUGGCCCAAAAGUGUAUUACAUACUAUAAAGAUGAAGAUGGACUCAGGAAAGAUGAGAUCAAGUACCUAGCAGGAUUACAAGAUACGGAUAACUCAGCAGCCGCUAAGGAUGACGAUAAACAACUGUGGACUAACUUCUACAGCAAUUUAAAAAAUAUAAAAGAUUAUUAUAAACGCAAUGAAUCGCUCAAUGUACCAGUGGAAGAACGCACUGUUGACCAGGUUGUAAAAGAUGCAAUGUCCAAGGUUAACGUAGAUUUGGAAUUCACGCCAGAUGAAAACUACGGAUCGUGCCUGGACCUACAAGAACACUACAGACGCUUUGUUAACCUAGAGGAUCUACGGACGUUCAGAACCAAACGACACCAAAAACAGGAAAUAUUGCGACUUAAUAGAAAAGGUAUCACUGAUAAGGAUGAACUAGAAGCAAACAUGACAUCUUUCGCUGAAGUGGAUUAUGUCACCUACCUGAACCAAUUCGACCAGUUCAGUGAUAUACCAAGACAUUGUAAAUACAGAGUAAAGGAGUAUUGCGAAUAUUUGGAGCAAUUAUUAAAAUACCUAAUAGGGUUUUUCCAAAGGCAGAAUCCACUAGCCACAACUGAUACACUAAAGACAUCAUUCGAAGAUAGUUUUAAAAACGAAUGGGAAAAUAAUAGACCAACACAUUGGAAAGAACACAGUGAAAAUAUGGAACUCUACCUAAAACCAGUGGAUAAAUUGUUCGCAUCCAGUGGUGUUAUGCAGUCAUUCCAAAACGGAAAGAAAUAUAAAAAAAUAGUGGAGCUAUUCUCCAAAAAAACAACGCAAGAAUUGGAAGAACACUCAAAAUCCAGUAGGGAACAUGAUAAGUACUUAGCUUACAUGGAGUAUAUGAUACAACAAUAUAAACAGUUCCUAGCAAAUACAAUCGAAAAGACAAUAGAAUUUAUAGAAAAGAGAGAGUCAAGAAAUAGCAAGGAACUUGAAGAAUCGCAAGGAUUGGCACUGAAAAUACUAGAAUCUGUAGGAGAAGAGAAUAACAUAGAUAUAGGUGAUAUAUCAAGUGAAGAAGAAGAGGAACAGCCAGUGUACAACCCACUUAAUUUACCAUUAGGAUGGGAUGGUAAACCAAUACCAUUUUGGCUAUACAAAUUACAUGGAUUGGGACAGGAAUUCAAAUGUGAAAUAUGUGGAAACUACUCAUAUUGGGGAAGAAAAGCAUUUGAAAAUCAUUUCCAAGAAUGGAGGCAUUCGUUCGGAAUGAAGUGCCUUAAAAUACCAAACACACCGCAUUUUAAAGAAAUCACUAAAAUAGAAGAUGCAUUUGCGCUGUACGAAAAGCUUAAGAAUCAAAAUGAUAAGAAUACCUUCAAAGUAGCACAGGAAGUAGAAUGCGAAGACUCGGAAGGCAAUGUAAUGAACGCUAGGGCUUAUGAAGACCUUAGACGACAGGGUCUCCUGUAAGAUAGAGCACAUAUAUGUGCCCACGGGUCACC